GAAAGGCUCAGAACAGUAUUUUAUUCACCAUGUGUAACUAUGAAAUAGCACUCAUCGGUGGCAGAGAGACGGACUAAGUGCAUCUGACAUCUCUUGAUCGUCGGGACAGAAUAUGGAAAUGUCACUGGUUUUCUUUUCUCAAUUAAACAUGUGUGAAUCAAAGGAGAAAACUUUUUUCAAACUAAUGCAUGGGUCAGGAAAAGAAGAAACAAGCAUCGAGGCCAAAAUCAGAGCUAAAGAGAAAAGAAAUAGGCUGAGUCUUCUCCUGCAGAGGCCUGACUUCCAUGGGGAGACUCACACCAGCAGAUCUGCCCUCCUGGCCAAAGAAACAAGAGUCUCCCGCGAAGAAGCAGUGAAAUGGGCUGAAUCGUUUGACAAACUGCUUUCUCAUAGAGAUGGACUGGAUGCUUUUACUAGAUUUCUUAAAACUGAAUUCAGUGAGGAAAACAUUGAAUUUUGGGUAGCCUGUGAAGAUUUCAAGAAAUGCAAGGAACCUCAACAAAUCAUCCUAAAAGCCAAAGCAAUAUAUGAGAAGUUCAUUAAGAAUGAUGCUCCCAAAGAGGUUAACCUUGAUUUUCAUACCAAGGAAGUAAUUGCUAAGAGCAUCACAGAGCCAACUCUCCAAAGUUUUGAUCCAGCACAAAGCAGAGUCUAUCAGCUCAUGGAACAAGACAGCUAUACACGCUUUCUAAAGUCUGAGAUCUACUUACAUUUGCUAGAAGGAAGACCUCAGAGACCAACCAAUCUGAGGAGACGAUCACGAUCAUUUACCUACAAUGAGUUUCAAGAUGUAAAGUCAGAUGUUUCCAUUUGGUUAUGAGUAAAAGUAAUGUUUCUUAUUUCGAUGGGAAAUGUAUACAUUUGCUUCUAAAAUAUAGCUUAUGUAUAGUAAGAAAUGAUCACACUUUUAAAAUAAACCAAACAAAAGCAAUUUUAAAAUGUAAUAACUUUUAUAUUAAAAUAAUACUCGAGAGGCAGAGCCAGGAGGAUCUCUGUGAGUUCGAGGCCAACCUGGUCUACAAAGCGAGUUCCA